AUGCCGCAAACAAACGGCGUCAAGUCGCACUUUGGCUCUGCCAGUGGCUUGCUGGACCACACCAAGGCCCUGGAGAUCCUCGAGAAUUACCCUGAGAGCGACGGUUUGGAUAUCCAAUCGCUGCUCGACUCCAAGAAGCACGGUGGAUUGACCUACAAUGACUUCCUCAUUCUCCCAGGUUACAUUGGCUUCCCUGCCCACGAAGUCGUCCUCGAUUCCCCCGUCACGAAACGCAUCUCCCUCAAGACACCCUUUGUCUCCUCGCCCAUGGAUACCGUCACCGAACACGAAAUGGCUACACACAUGGCUCUGCAGGGAGGCCUGGGGGUCAUCCACCACAACUGCUCUGCUGAUGCGCAGGCCGAGAUGGUCCAGAAGGUCAAGAGAUUCGAAAAUGGUUUCAUUCUGGACCCGGUCGUCCUCAGCCGAACGACCACCGUCGGAGAAGUCAAGGCGCUGAAGGAGAAGUGGGGUUUUGGCGGUUUUCCAGUCACUGGUCAGUUCAGACUCCCUCUCCUUCAUUCCAUGUACACUUCCAUGAUUAUCACCUAUACAUAUAACUUUCGUUCAUCCGUAACUGACCGCGAGCUCGCUUUGUUUGCACCUGCUAACUGGAUGCACUGGGAUGUAGAAAAUGGUAGACUCGGAUCCAAGCUCGUUGGCAUCGUCACCAACCGAGACAUCCAAUUCGAGGAUGAGGAUAACCUGCCCGUCUCCUCGGUCAUGGUCACCGACCUGAUCACCGCUGCAGCUGGUACCACCCUCCUGGAAGCCAACAAGAUCCUGGCCAAGUCCAAGAAGGGCAAGCUCCCAAUCGUUGACAGCCAAGGAAACUUUAUCUCCAUGAUCUCCCGAUCGGAUCUGACCAAGAAUCUGCAUUUUCCGCUGGCCUCCAAGCUGCCGGACUCGAAGCAAUUGAUCUGCGCUGCGGCCAUUGGUACCCGACCGGAAGACAAGAUCCGUCUGCAGAAGCUGGUCGAUGCUGGAUUGGACAUUGUCAUCUUGGACAGCAGUCAAGGCAACAGCAUGUACCAGGUUGAGAUGGUCAAGUACAUCAAGGACAAGUACCCUGGUCUUGAUGUGAUUGGCGGCAAUGUCGUGACACGCGAGCAGGCUGCCACCCUCAUCGCAGCCGGCGUCGACGGUCUCCGCAUCGGAAUGGGCAGCGGCAGCGCUUGCAUCACGCAAGAAGUCAUGGCCGUCGGCCGUCCCCAAGCCGCAGCUGUCUACAACGUCGCCAGCUUUGCAGCCAAGUUUGGCGUGCCUUGCAUGGCCGACGGCGGUAUCCAGAACGUAGGUCACAUCGUCAAGGGAUUGGCAUUGGGUGCUACAACCAUCAUGAUGGGCGGUCUGCUCGCCGGUACAACCGAGUCCCCUGGGACCUCGUUCGUUAGUCGCGAGGGCAAGCUCGUCAAGGCUUACCGUGGCAUGGGUAGUAUCGAUGCCAUGCAAGACAAGAAGGCUGGUUCCGGUGCCAAGGACAGCCAGAAGAGCAACGCCGGCACCGCUCGUUACUUCUCCGAAGGCGACAGCGUCCUCGUUGCCCAAGGUGUUUCUGGAGCCGUCGCUCACCGUGGAUCCGUCACCAAGUUUGUUCCUUACCUUGCUGCCGGUCUCAAGCACUCACUCCAAGACUGUGGGCGGAAGAGCUUGGCUGAGUUGCACGAGAGUGUUGCGAAUGGUACCACGAGGUUCGAACUGAGGACUGCCAGUGCUCAAGUGGAGGGUGGUGUCAAUAUGGAGAGUUACGAGAAGAAGCUCUACGCCUAG